AAAACAAAUGCCUGCGAAUGUUGUUUUUCUUCUUUUGUUUUUUUCCUCACCGCACAUGGCAACUCCGAUAAGAAAAGACACGAUAAAGAGAUCCCACAGUGAUUCGAAGCAGUGUUUGGUACGCGUUCAUCGUGUUUGUACGUUUUUGUGCUCGUAUUGUCAAUAAAAAUCACUAAAUCACGAAAAAUUAAUCAAAAUGUCUUGCAAACAACGCAAAGUCGUUAUAAUGGGCUACAGAUCAGUUGGUAAAUCAUCUCUGAGUAUUCAAUUCGUCGAAGGACAAUUCGUAGACGAUUAUAAUCCAACGAUAGAAAACACGUUUACAAAGCGCGCGCGUUUCAAUUCGCAAGACUACGAGCUAAAGGUGAUCGACACGGCGGGGCAGGACGAGUAUUCGCUGAUAACAUCACAGUACGGUAUAGAUAUCCACGGAUAUGUCCUUGUUUACAGCGUAACGAGCAAUAAAUCGUUCGAGGUGAUUAAGUCUUUGUACGCCAAACUGUUGGACAUCACGGGGAAAGUUGAUUUACCAAUUGUUUUGGUUGGUAACAAGACGGAUUUGCACAAACAACGUGCGAUAUCACCAGAACAAGGGCGCAAAUUGGCCGAGGAGUGGAAAGCGGUGUUUUUGGAGACGUCAGCUAAACACCAAGAAGAUGUUCUUGAUAUUUUCAACGUGCUGCUGCGUGAAAUCGAACGCACGAAUGGAAACCUCACAGAAAGAACCAACUGCGCCGUGUCUUAACCUGAAACAGAACACAAGCAACAAACGCAAAAGAAAAGUAAACAAAAAGUAAACGUACCUAACAUAUUAUUUAUAUUUACAUAGAAUAGGAACCAAAAUAGUAAUGACCAAUGAUGAUUAAUGACGUGUGCGUAAAAUAGUAAAACUUUAAAA